CCCAUCCGCUUGGCCAUUUAUCCAUCCCUCCUCGCCUUUCUUCCCGUGCAGACACUGCUCAAAGCCCGACCCGCCGCCGCCCUCGACUGCUAUUGAACCCACGGCACAGGCCAGCACCCACUCGCUAGCGCAGUCAUGUCUGAGGAUCCGUUCUUUGCUGUCAAGGACGAGGUCGAGAUGGCAAUGGCCAAUGCCACACAGCUCUUCCAGAACUGGAAUCGGUUACAGCUCUCCGUGAGCUCGUCCACGCCCUUUUCGCAGCCAUCGGACGCUUUCCAGCAGCACAGCUCUUCCGACGCCGAGGAGCUGCGAUGGACCACAACCGAGAUCAAGGGCGCCAUCCAGUCGAUCGAGCUGGACCUCAAGGACCUGGAGGACACUGUGAAAAUCGUGCAGGCGAAUCCCGAGCGGUUCAAGCUGGAUCCGCGCGAGGUCGUCCAGCGCAAGGACUUUGUCAAGAAGAUGAAGAAGACGGUCGAGGAGAUGAAGCAGGCUGUCAACAACCCUAGCACCAUCAAGCGCACCGAAACGGCUCAGCGCAACACUCUGCUCGCCUCCAAGCCAUCACCGGGCGAUAAGUCGAGUCCGCAGCUGACGAACCGACAAGGCCCCACCCAGCAGGACUACGAGCGCCGGAACACCCGGUUUAUCGAGAACGAGUCACUCAACCAGCAGCAAAUCAUGAGACACCAGGAUCAGCAGCUGGACGGCAUUUCGUCGACCAUCACGGGCAUGCGGGAGGUUGCCACGGUGAUCGGCAUGGAGCUUGACGAUCAAACAAGACUCAUCGAGGAUGUCGAUGAGCGUGUCGACACGACCUCGGGCAAGCUGAAAGCCGGCAUGAAGCGACUGGAUAACUUUAUCCAGUCCAACUCGAACAAGAAGCAGCAGAUCACCAUAUGCAUACUGGUGAUCAUCUUGAUCAUCGUUUUGGUGUGUGUGAUUUCGCUCUAGUCAGAGGGC